AUGGACCGAGGAUGGAGGAUGUUGUUUCUGCAACAAAAUCGCCCAGCAUUAAACACCAGCGAUGGCAUAAUUUAUGGCAAUGCCAGGAUUCCGGGCCCGCGAUGCCCGGAGACAGAUGUGACAUCGGCAGUGACCAUCGUGACAUUAAUGCUGCCCUUCAGGCAAUUAUAUUCAGAAAUUCUUCUGCAAGCCCACCGAUAUCUGCUGGGAGAGGCCUCGAAGAAGGGCGAUCCGGUGGGACCUGAUUCAGAAUUCAACUUUAAUGCCAUCUUUGACGAUUUGAGCAAGCUGGCAGAGGUGGAAAAGAAAAUCCAGUUGCUCUACAGACCCUUCAUAUGCAUCAUGGACUUUAGUUGCCGUUUCAACUUAUACGAAUUGGGCAUCCUGAUGCCCGAUACUCGCUUUGAGCCGGCCUGUCAUCCCUCCGUGACCGUGAGGCUGCACAAUAACUUUGCCCAGGUGAAGAUUUAUGCCGGUGGCAAGAUGGUGGCCACCGCCCUUACGGCUGACGCGGCCCGCAGUGCCAUUUUCAGGGUGAUCCGUAUGGUGCAGGAGAUGGACUACAAGCCGGACAUCAAGAACUUUAGCAAGAACGUCGUACAUGCCUCCUUCUGUAUGCCGUUCAAGCUCGAUCUAAAACUGAUGGCGAAAAAUCAUUCGGAGCAGGUGACUAGUAAUCCGGAGAAGCGACCGUUCAUCACCUACACCACCGAGAAUGCGGGCGUAAGAUUUGCCAUAUUCCCCACUGGCUACGUAUUGGUCCUUCACUCCAGCUGUCACACCGAAACCCGGGAGGCCAUUGUUGCCCUAUUGCCAAUCUUGGCCAAGGUUCAAAAUGGAUAUCCAACGGCAGGGGAACUUCAGGGAUCAGAGACGAGUGAUAUGACCUAUAAGUUGCUAUGGGAAAAGAAAUUGGAAGAUGACAAAGAAGGUCUGUUGCUCUAUUCGUGAC